UAUUGUGAAACACGCAAAGACACACACAUUGAGGCAACUUCGUUCUUUCACCAUUUUUCAAAAGCGGACUCAAUCUCGUCAGACAACUAGCAAAAUCGGAUAGCUAUGGAUUUAGGCCUUGUCGUGACUUCCUGGUUAACCUGACUGUAGUGAAGUUUCUGAGCGCUCGACAUUUUUUACUGAACAUGCGAGACGUAAUGCUAGACAAAUUAGCAGUUUGUAGCUUCGUCAUCUUCAUUUUCAGCUUUCUGGCUCCACGAGUGCUGGGCUUACCUCUACAUUCCAAGACUGAGAACGAUGUCACAGACUUCGACUUGACGGAUGUACAUGGUGCAAACCAUGAACACAAGAGGGCAGCAUUUCUUCUCAAUGGCGGAGCAAACUCGCGUGAGGAUGAUAGUUUUUCACCACAUCGUACAAACGGCACGAACACUAAAAACAGAGAGGGGAUUGGAUUGCUGAGGAUCCGCCGAUCAUCGGAUGAUUACAACUAUGAAGAGAAACACGAGGACUAUUAUGAAGGGGGAGGAGCCGAGGAGGUGGGAGGGGGCAGGAAGCGAAUGAUCGCCUUCACCAUCUUCUUUCUCUGGGUAUGUUGGGUCUUCAUUGCUUGCUCCAUCCUGCGUUUGGUGGCCAAGAACAUGGCGUGAACAGGUCUUGGUUUUCUUUAAUGUCACAUCAGAUUUUGGCGCUUGAAACCUGUUUGUACUUAUUUAUGUAAAAAACAACUCAGUUAAACAUGUUGGUAAAUUUAACUUUUUGAUUAGAGUGUAAGAAUGUAAUACAAAUGUGUCUAUGAUCAAGUGUUCCUUUUUUAGUGAAUAUGCUCCAAAUCUAUCCCAUUUUAAACCUAAGUAUCUUGUAUCAUACGACAGGACCCGUUCUAUUUGAGGAUUUCUAUUCAAAAAUGCGUAAGUUCGAAACUAUGUACAAUCCCUUUUGAAUACCUAUAAAUCAGUGUGGCAACUCAUUGGGGAAAGGUAUACAUGUAGAUAAGUUAGCUAAAGGGAACAAGUGCAUUUUACCUAUGCCUUGUGUGAUGCGAGUAAAAUGAAAUGGAAUCUUUUAUUUAUGAGUUAUACCGAUUGACCUAUAUGAUUUGUAUAAAGACAUCUCAUACAUUUCACUUUGCCUAAGUUUUUUGCUUAAGUGGCACGAGGUCUAACCAACAGAAACGUAGAUUGAACCUUCACUAUCUCAGUGACUAAUUUUUAGUAAAAGUAUGUUGUAUAAAGUCAAAAUUGUAUGUUAAAUGCUUCAAUAUGCAAAAAUGUA